AUGCCGCCCGACCUUGACGCGCUCCAGACGCAGCGCCACGCGCUGCUGGCAGCGCACACAGCCGCGAGCGACCGCACCGCGCAGCAGGAAAUCGAGCAGCAGCUGCACCGUCUCUCGGAAGAGCUGGAGCUGGUGGCUGCGGCGCCGUCUCGAGAGACCGCGACGCUGUCGGCCGACUUUUACGCGAGCUAUUUAGUGCUCGUGUUGCUCUCGGGCGACCUGAACGACGCGCGGUUUCUGUGGCGACGCAUUACGACCGAGACAAAAGACGCGUCGGUAGAGCUCCGGAACGUCUGGGCCAUUGGCAAGGCGCUGUGGCAGCGAAACUUGGCGGCAGCGUUUGCUGCAAUGGAUUACGACUGGUCGCCGUUGUUGCAAGGACUUGUGCAAGCGCUCAAGCUGUCUACGCGUGAGGCCAUGGCAGAGCUGCUGUGCCGCGCGUACUCGACCAUUCCUGUGACCGACGUGGCGCUGGCGAUGGGAUUUGCUCGACACGAGGAGGCUGUGCAGUAUUGUUUGUCGCUCGGUUGGGCCGUGUCGGAGGCAGGUCAAUGGGUGUUGCCGAAACCGCUAGCAAACGUGCGACGUCGCCAUUCGUCUGGGGUGGAUAUGGCUCAACUGGACACGUUGUCAAAGACAGUGUUGCAUCUGGAACAAAACACAGUGGCCAUUUUGCAGUGA